AUGAGUUCGUUUUUGAUGAACCCGUCCGGCGGAGCCCAGGCGUCGGCGGGCGCGGCGACGGCGGUGUCCGCCGUCGGGUACCACCAGCUGCACCACCAGCACCACGCGCCGCACCAGCCGCAGCACCAGCAGCUGGCGCCGCAGCCGCAGCAGUUGCUGGUCGACCCCAAGUUCCCGCCGAGCGAGGAGUACAGCCAGAGCAACUACAUCCCGGCCGACUUCUUCGGCAGCGCCGCGGCGCAGUACCAGGCCCCGCAACAGCCGUGCGGCCCGCAUCCUCCCCCGCAGCCGCUGACGCCCGCCAACAGCGGAGGCGGCACGCCGAGCCCGCCACCGCCGCCUCCGCCGCCCCCGCAGGCGGCCCAGCCGCCCCCGGGGGCGGCGGUGACCGCCGCGCAACCCCAGCCGCAGCCGCAGGGGCCGCCCAGCGGGGCGGAUAACCUGGAAGACGACCAGGAGGACGAAGAGGCGGAGGAGGCGGAACCGGACGACAGCUCCGGGUCCGGGGAGCGAAUCAUCUACCCGUGGAUGAAGAAGAUCCACGUCGCUGGAGUCGCUAAGUCACCCUAA